UAAAUUUGGCAGGGAAGAAUCGUUUUUAUCUAAGCGACGUUGAACCAGAACUUUUUGCAGGUUUAGGGCUUUCGCAUAGGGAACCUGUGAAAGAUAAAUAUAAGGAAGAACGGGAAGCGAAAUACCCGAAUAAGCACGUCGAACCAUCUGAAUCAUUGGAUAAAUUGGAACAGUUUAAUGUCUAUCAUAUUUAG